UAUGCCAACUCAGUGGCAAUGAGGUAAAAUGUAAUUGCAGAAAACCCUCUCAGAGUUGAAAAUUAUUGGAGUUGGAAAAUACUUUGGAGUUCAUAAGUUCAACCCAAGAGCAUGCUUCUAAGUAUUUAAUAACCAUCCCUCCAGGGGAGGGAGAAAAGCCCUGAUUUAUAGUGCUGGCCUAUUUAUGUGGUGUAAACACUCCCACUAUGGUAAAUUUCAAGCUGCUAAGAUGAGGCCACGGGAUGUGCUUUGGGAAGAGAUGCACAUGAUAGGCUGUCAUGAGCCUGUGCCAGAGGGCUCCAGCACAUGACUAGUUCAACACUAUAAUUUCGCAAAUAAGAAAGUGUCCAAAGCAAAAGGAAAUGGCUCAUACUAUAAGUAUUUUGUUGCACUGCCACUACUAAAACUCAGGUUCUUCCUCAUGCUGCACCUCAGUAUUGUGAAUGCAUUAUGAAGAAAGGACCAUGAUUGAUUAUUGAUUGAUUGGUAGGCCCACAUUGCUCCCCUAGCCUGGUUAAGCAUUCCUGUUUAAGAACCCCCAUAGACCUUUCAACAAUGAGUUUAAACUGUGAUUUGUGUAUCUACUACCUCUAAUAGUCAGAAAUCUCACCAACCUUUUAGAUUUAUUUCUUCCAUUUUUGUGUUUUCAGCACUCUGCACAAUAUCUAGAACAUAGUAGAUGCUCAAAAGCAUUUAUCAAGGACAUAAACAAACAAUAGUAAUAGAGAACACUUAUUGGCCUGCUGUGUACUGAGCUUACUUGCUUGCAUGCAUUAACUCAAGGAAUCCUCAGAAUAACCAUCACAAGUGAGAUAAACUUCUCAUCAUGAAGGCCCGUGCUGGGCUUGCACCUGGCAUCCUUGUGCUUUUGUUUAUCUUGGUGCAGAAGAGUGAUGGGGAGUGCAAGGAGGCACUAGUAAAAUCUGAGAUGAACGUGGACAUGAAGUAUCAGCUUCCUAACUUCAACGCAGAAACACCCAUCCAGAAUGUCGUUUUACACAAGCAUCACAUUUACCUCGGUGCCACUAAUUACAUUUAUGUUUUAAAUGACAAAGACCUUCAGAAGGUUUCUGAGUACAAGACUGGGCCUAUGCUGGAACACCCAGAUUGCUUCCCAUGUCAGAACUGCAGCCACAAAGCCAAUUUUUCGGGUGGUGUUUGGAAAGAUAAUAUCAACAUGGCUCUGCUUGUUGACACAUACUAUGAUGAUCAACUCAUUAGCUGUGGAAGUGUUUGGAGAGGGGCCUGCCAGCGACACAUCCUUCCUCACUAUAAUACUGCUGACAUACAGUCAAAAGUACAUUGUAUGUACUCCCCACAGUCAGAUGAAGAGCCCAGCCAGUGUCCUGACUGUGUAGUGAGUGCCCUGGGAACCAAGGUGUUGAUGUCUGAAAAGCACCGGUUCAUCAACUUCUUUGUGGGCAAUACCAUAAAUUCUUCUUACCUUCCAGAUUAUUCAGUACAUUCGAUAUCAGUGAGAAGACUAAAGGAAACACAAGAUGGUUUUAAGUUUUUGACAGAUCAGUCCUAUAUUGAUGUUUUACCUGAGUUCCAAGAUUCUUACCCUAUUAAGUAUGUUCAUGCCUUUGAAAGCAACCAUUUUAUUUACUUCUUGACAGUCCAACGAGAAACUCUUGAUGCUCAGACUUUUCACACAAGAAUAAUCAGGUUCUGUUCUAUAGACUCUGGAUUGCAUUCUUACAUGGAAAUGCCUCUGGAGUGUAUUCUCACAGAAAAGAGAAGAAAGAGAUCCCCAAGGGAGGAAGUGUUUAAUAUUCUCCAAGCUGCAUAUGUCAGUAAGCCUGGGGCCCAUCUCGCUAGGCAGAUAGGUGCCAACCUGAAUGAUGACAUUCUCUAUGGGGUGUUUGCACAAAGCAAGCCAGAUUCUGCUGAACCAGUGAAUAGCUCUGCUGUCUGUGCAUUCCCUAUCAAGUAUGUUAAUGAAUUCUUCAACAAGAUCGUCAACAAAAACAAUGUGAGAUGUCUCCAGCACUUUUAUGGACCCAACCAUGAACACUGCUUUAAUCGGACACUUUUGAGAAAUUCAUCAGGCUGUGAAGUGCACAGUGAUGAGUAUCGAACGGAGUUUACCACAGCUUUGCAGCGUGUUGACUUAUUCAUGGGCCAGUUCAACCAAGUCCUCUUAACAUCUAUAACCACCUUCAUUAAAGGAGACCUCACCAUCGCUAAUCUUGGGACAUCAGAGGGUCGCUUUAUGCAGGUUGUAGUUUCUCGAUCAGGAUCAUCAACCCCUCAUGUGAACUUUCGCCUGGAUUCCCAACCUGUGUCUCCAGAAGCAAUUGUGGAGCACCCAUUAAACCAAAAUGGCUACACACUGGUUGUCACUGGGAAGAAGAUCACCAAGAUCCCGCUGAAUGGCCUGGGCUGUGAACACUUCCGGUCCUGCAGUCAGUGCCUCUCUGCCCCUCCCUUUGUACAGUGUGGCUGGUGCCAGGACAAAUGUGUGCGAUUGGAGAAGUGCCCCAGUGGAGCAUGGACUCAAGAUAUCUGUCAUCCUACAAUCUAUGAGGUUUUCCCAACUAGUGCCCCUCUGGAAGGAGGGACAACAUUGACCAUAUGUGGCUGGGACUUCGGAUUCAGGAGGAAUAGUAAAUUCGAUUUAAAGAAAACCAGAAUUCUUCUUGGAAAUGAGAGCUGCACCUUGACCUUAAGUGAGAGUACAACAAAUAUGUUAAAAUGCACAGUUGCUCCUGCAGUGAAUGAGCAUUUCAAUAUUUCCAUAAUUAUUUCCAGUGAUCGAGGGACAGCACGAUAUAGUACAUUUUCUUAUGUGGAUCCUAUAAUAACAAGUAUUUCUCCAAGUUAUGGUCCUAAGACUGGUGGCACUUUACUUACUUUAACUGGAAAGUACCUAAAUACUGGGAACUCAAGACACAUUUCAAUUGGUGGAAAAACCUGUGCUUUAAAAAGUGUUUCAGAUAGUAUUCUUGAAUGUUAUACCCCAGCCCAAACCACUCCAACUGAGUUUUCUAUUAAGUUGAAAAUUGACUUAGCCAACCGAGAGAUGGACAGCUUCAGUUACCAGGAAGACCCUAUUGUCUAUGAAAUUCAUCCAACCAAAUCUUUUAUUAGUGGUGGGAGCACAAUAACAGGCGUUGGAAAAAACCUGAAUUCAGUUAGUGUCCUAAGGAUGAUAAUAAAUGUGCAUGAAGCAGGAAGGAACUUUACAGUGGCAUGUCAACAUCGCUCUAACUCAGAGAUAAUCUGCUGUACAACUCCUUCACUACAGCAGCUGAAUCUACAACUCCCCCUGAAAACUAAAGCCUUUUUCCUGUUAGAUGGGAUCCAUUCCAAAUACUUCGAUCUCAUUUAUGUACAUAAUCCUGUGUUUAAGCCUUUUGAAAAGCCAGUGAUGGUCUCAAUAGGCAAUGAAAAUGUACUGGAAAUUAAGGGAAAUGACAUUGACCCUGAAGCAGUUAAAGGUGAAGUGUUAAAAGUUGGAAAUAAGAGCUGUGAGAAUAUAUACUCACAUUCUGAAGCUAUUUUAUGUACAGUCCCCAAUGACCUGCUGAAAUUGAACAGUGAGCUAAAUAUAGAGGUGGGAUUCCUGCAUUCCUCUCACGAUUGGAAACAAGCUGUUUCUUCAACUGUCCUUGGAAAAGUAAUAGUUCAACCAGAUCAGAAUUUCACAGGAUUGAUUGUUGGUGUUGUCACAAUAUCUGUAAUACUCUUCUUAUUACUUGGGCUUUUCCUGUGGCUGAAAAGGCGAAAGCAAAUUAAAGAUCUGGACAGUGAAUUAGUUCGCUAUGAUGCAAGAGUACACACUCCUCAUUUGGAUAGGCUUGUAAGUGCCCGAAGUGUAAGCCCAACUACAGAAAUGGUUUCAAAUGAAUCUGUAGACUACCGAGCUACUUUUCCAGAAGAGCAGUUUCCUAACUCAUCUCAGAAUGGGUCAUGCAGACAAAUGCAGUAUCCUCUGAUGGACCUGUCCCCAAUCCUGACUGGUGGGGACUCUGAUAUAUCCAGUCCAUUACUGCAAAAUACCGUCCACAUUGACCUCAGUGCUCUAAAUCCAGAGCUGGUUCAGGCAGUCCAGCACGUAGUGAUUGGGCCUAGUAGCCUGAUUGUGCAUUUCAAUGAAGUCAUAGGAAGAGGUCAUUUCGGGUGCGUAUAUCAUGGGACUUUAUUGGACAAUGAUGACAAGAAAAUUCACUGUGCUGUGAAAUCCUUGAAUAGGAUCACUGACCUAGGAGAAGUUUCCCAAUUUCUGACUGAGGGAAUCAUCAUGAAAGAUUUUAGUCAUCCCAAUGUUUUGUCACUCUUGGGAAUCUGCCUUCGAAGUGAGGGGUCUCCACUGGUGGUCCUACCGUACAUGAAACAUGGAGAUCUUCGAAACUUCAUUAGAAAUGAGACUCAUAACCCAACUGUGAAAGAUCUUAUUGGCUUUGGUCUUCAAGUGGCCAAAGGCAUGAAAUAUCUUGCAAGCAAAAAGUUUGUUCACAGAGACUUGGCAGCAAGAAACUGUAUGCUGGAUGAAACAUUCACUGUCAAGGUUGCUGAUUUUGGUCUUGCCAGAGACAUGUAUGAUAAAGAAUACUACAGUGUACACAACAAAACAGGAGCAAAACUGCCAGUGAAGUGGAUGGCUUUAGAAAGUCUACAAACUCAGAAGUUUACCACCAAGUCAGAUGUGUGGUCCUUCGGUGUACUCCUGUGGGAGCUGAUGACAAGAGGAGCACCACCUUAUCCUGACAUCAACACCUUUGAUAUAACAGUUUACUUGUUGCAAGGCAGAAGGCUCUUACAACCUGAAUACUGCCCAGAUCCCUUAUAUGAAGUGAUGCUAAAAUGCUGGCACCCAAGAGCUGAACUUCGCCCAUCCUUUUCUGAACUGGUUUCCAGGAUAUCAACAAUAUUCUCUACUUUCAUUGGGGAGCACUAUGUCCAUGUGAAUGCUACUUAUGUGAAUGUCAAAUGUGUCUCUCCAUACCCUUCUCUGUUGUCAUCACAAGGUAAAGUUGAUGGUGAGGGAGACACAUGAUGGUUGGACACAACAUCGGUCCCCCUCUGAUAAACAUCAUAGAACUAUCCAAACAACAGUCCACACCAGGUCCAAUAUUUUUUCACUGCCUGGCUUUUGAAAGGCCACCAAAUAUAUUUUUAUUUUGCCAAAAUUUCACUAUUAUAGGACCUUAUAUUGUUAUUUAAAAUGACUGGAUUCUAAGGAAUUUCUCAUCUGACAAAGCAUCAGGGCCAGAAGCUUGGUUCCAAAGUCAGUGACCAGUGGCAACCCUGCAGCUCUGAUGUUGCUCCUGUUGUAUUCAGGUCAAAACCUGAAUUCUGGAUUGAAAUUUUAAAAACCAGGAUCCUACCUGAUUUCGUAUGGGGAACUGAGGCCAUGAGUUUUGAGGCCUUCUAGAUCAUGGAAAAUUCAGAAGUGGUAAUAUCCAGGCAGCCCUGGGACCAGGCCACUCAUUUAAAGAGCUUUCAUGUGUUAUAUGGUCAUGAACAUAUUUCAUUGCUGAUGUUGUUAUUUGCCUACUAGGCAAACAUUCCCUUCUAAAUUUUUGCAUACACAUUCCUUUUAUUGGAGAAACAUUCGUAGGCAAUGCAGUUAAUGUUUCAAAUCAGCAGGACACAAAAUGUGUUUAUAAUUUAAUAGGGAUAUUUAUGUAUUGUACAUAGAUGACAUUAAGGUUUUCAUAAAAUAGUUUAGUCACAAGAAAAUAUUUCUCAUUUAAAAAUCAACUGUUCAAAAAUGACACUGUUCUGAUCUAAUGAAUGUGGACAUUUAGAUGUUUUGUCUGUAUUUUUUUAAAUGCUGACUGAAAAUAAAACAAGUACUUUGUGAUAAUUAGUGUUUUUAAAGGUAAUUUAGCAUGUUUUAAAAAGCAAAAUACGUCUGACUAAAAGGUUCAUUGGCUCCAGUGGGCUCACAUGUAGGGCAAAAACAUGAUCAAUAAACUGGAAAUGUUAGCCUUUUUCUCAAGUGGCAGCUUCCUAACCCACAAACAUGUAGAGACAAUAAAAACUUGAGGAAGUCCAGUUUUUGCAUUAGGACAUGUUAUGUAUUAAGCAAAAAGUACUUUAGGGGAAAAAAAAGCAAUUGAAAGUUCUGGCCAUUUCACCUAGAUGAACAGUUACUCUAGGUAGGACUUUUGUGAUGACUUGUUUUGUGAGAUUUUGUGCUUACUACUGUAUAGUGCAUGUGGCACAGGAUACUCUAACUGGUUUUGUUUAUAUAAACAUUUAAAUUUUCUAUUUUUAUAAAAAUGUUUAUUUUAAUGAUAUAAGAAAAUUUUGUUAAGCCACAAAAAUACUAAACUGUGAACAUUUAAGAAAACAUAUGUUAGACUUGGGUUAAUAAGGGCAUGGUUUUAAAUGGAUAUAAACAAUGAUAAGGGAACAUGCUGAUUGCCAGUACACCCCACUCUUAUUACAUCACCAGUACUUGAAGCCAAGGGUUAACACAGCAAGCUGUAAAGAGGGUGUGUUACACCAAAACACAGUAACUGAGUUGUGGCAAAAGAGUGACUACAACCCAAACCCCCUUGAUAAUAGCAGAACUUAUGAGAAGACACAAGAAAGUGUACUGCAGAGAUAUGAUAAUUCAAAUAUUACUAUUUCAGAAGUGUAAAGGGUAAUACUAAUUCACAGAAUAUUGUAAAUGGUGAAUGACAAAAAAUAAAUCUGCACUGCAGAAAGAAAUAUUUCUGCCAAUGUCAAGAGAAUGAAUGCAUCAAAAACAGAAAGAACUUAUGGAAACAACCCAUCAACAAGUCUUCAUACACCUGUGUAUAUUCUUGAGCAAGUAGAAAUGUGAAAAUCAUGUUUGCUAUCUGUAAACAUGUCCUUAGGUUAAUGUGUCUAGACAGACUGUGGAAGUAAGAGAUUCUUCUAAGAAUUAGAUACUUGUCACUGCCUAUACCUGCAGUUGAGCUGAAUGGUACUUUGUAUGUUAAUAGUUAUUGUUCUGAUUAAAUCAUACAAUUAAAAAUAAAGUGAUAUAUCAUCUUAUAUAUAAAC